UUUUUGUUCCAUCUUGGAAACAAAGAGAAGGCCGGAUUGAGAUUCAGAUUCAUCGGAAAUUUUAAUUUUAGCUUUCACCAUAGUUGACCUCUUUUCAUCUUCUUCUUCUUCUUCUUCUUCUUCUCCGUCUUCUUCAGCCCUAAUCCCUCCCUCCACCACUCCCACUUCUCCUUCAUUUCCCAUUCCAACGCUCCCUCCAUUAUUUCCCACCUCAACAAUGGUUAUCUCUCCCCUCCAUGGCGCCCUUUUCCCUUUCCUCUUUUAGUAUCUGCUUCCCCCUACCUCUGACAACUCACCACUCACUGUCCUUCAUUCCCUUCGUCCUCUGUGGCCUCCUAGUAGGCAAGUUUAUGAGCUGGGUGGAUCAUUACAGUGAAGUUCCAAGGGAAAUUCUUGAAUAGGUUUUUCAAACCCGACUUGAAACAGAAGUAUUUCGUUAAAAGAAUGCAGAAUCAGGAAAAUCUCGAUGCAGAUGGGAAAGCGGAGUCUGUAAUAUCCAUUCAAACAUCAGAAUACGAUUCCUGGGGCAAUUUGGGUGAUGAUGAUAUCAUGCUGCAGAAAUCUGCAAUUUUUGUUCAGGAAGCUGAGAAAGUUCCAUUUGUCGGUGACAAGGAACCACUUUCUUCUUUAGAAGCUGAAUAUAAAUCGGGAAGUCCAAUUUUGCUGGAGAAAAUUAAGGUGCUCAGUGGCCAGUAUGCUGCCAUUCGUCGAACACGUGGUGAUGGGAACUGCUUUUUCCGAAGCUUCAUGUUUUCUUAUCUUGAACACAUUUUAGAGUCACAAGACAAAACUGAAGUUGAUCGCAUCAAAACAAAUGUUGAAAAUUGUAGGAAAACACUUCGAAGUCUGGGAUAUACAGAAUUUACCUUUGAAGAUUUUUUUGCGCUAUUCCUUGAGCAGCUGGAAAGUGCUCUUCAAGGAAAUGAAUCCUCUAUAAGUCAUGAAGAACUUGUUAUUAGGAGUCGGGACCAGUCUAUCUCUGAUUAUGUUGUUAUGUUUUUCAGGUUUGUUACAUCAGGUGAAAUACAAAAGCGUUCAGAAUUUUUUGAGCCUUUUAUUAUGGGAUUGACAAAUGGAACGGUUGAUCAGUUCUGCAAGACAGCAGUUGAACCAAUGGGUGAAGAGAGUGAUCAUGUACACAUAAUUGCCUUAUCUGAUGCUUUGGGUGUGCCGAUUCGUGUUCUGUACCUUGAUCGAAGCUCCUGUGAUUCUGGUGGCCUCAGUGUAAACCACCAUGAUUUUGUUCCUGCUACCACUGAGGUCGCAAGUGGUAGUGCUGCCUCUGAGAUAAAGAUCCCUUUCAUUACUUUGCUCUAUCGCCCUGGUCAUUAUGAUAUCCUUUAUCCAAAAUGAUGGGUGGUGGGGCUCUCAGAGUUGAACUGCAUUGACACGGCGGACAUGGAUCCAAGCUUCGACAAGAUUAAAGGUUGGAUCUUCAUAAUUGCUAGAUGUUGUUCUGUACUGAUUUUAAUUACUGAUGAGCUUGUUUGAGUAAAAAAAGAAAGGAAUUAUAUUCACCAGUUAACUGAAAUUUGAAAUAUACAUGUGAAUCAGUCUUCGAGUUUUUCAGUCAUCUUGCAAAUAGAUUUCCUUACACAAUCUCUUAGAAUGUUUGAGAAUUGAGAUAUAGUAUUUCAAUCCAAUUUCAAUACAGGGACACUAUUACUUGGGGUGA